AUGGGAAUAUGUCAUUCAUAACCUAAAUAAAAAACAUCGAAAGGGGAAGAUAACACACUUGGUUGUUAAAAUCGUAUAGUUUCUUUUAAUUUAAAUAGCUCCAGCAAUAGCUACAAGUAGAAAUUCAAUGUCCAAAAUAAUAAUAGAUAAAAACAAAUCUCAACAACAAAAACUGUAUUUGGAGAUCAAAAAGGAUAAAAACCAAAAUGGAUAGAAAUCUCCAACAGCUUCCAAAACUCCUUAAAUCAUUACAUAAAUUAAAUAACAUAUUUUUGAUUUUCAAAGUGGGUUUUUUAAAAAAUAUUCAGCCUUAAAGAAUUAAAGUAAAUCAAUACUAUUAACCUAGAAUCUGAAUAAGUUUUGAUAUACUAACACAACAUUACUGGAUAAUUAGCUAGAGUAACGCUUUUAUAAAUUGAUCAAAUGGAUGAUUUAAACUUUUUUUAAAAACUCAAAUUUUACAAUUAGGUAUUAUUUUGAUAUUAUUUUUAGAAAUGCUAAAAUAUCUGUUAAAUCAUUGAAACUUAUAAAGAAAAGAAUUUAAUCUAUUUAGUUCAAGAAUAUUGUAAAGGAGGUACUCUCUCUACUUUAAUUAAAUAAAAACCUUUAAAUUAUUAAUAAGCAACUUUAAUUAUCUAAUAAAUUAUUAUCGCAGUUAAUUACAUUCAUAAUUAAAAUUUAACUCAUUGUCAUCUCACAAUUGAUUCUUUCUCAAUUUCAGAUUAAAAAAACCUUUAUGUCAAAUUAUCAGAUAUUAAUCCUAUUUUUUAAUCUAAUUACUUAAAUACAAUUGAAGAUAAAUGGUUAAAAGAAGAAAUUUUAAGAUAUUAAUCUCCAGAAUAAGGUAACAAUAGUGCUAGAGAUGUUUGGUCUAUUGGUAUCAUUUUUUAUUAAUUAUUAACUGGAUAAAUUUUAGAGAUAGAAAAAUAAUCAAAUAAACAUGUUAUUAUGAAUUUAGACAAUAAAUUAGAAAAUAUAGAAAAUGAAGCAAAAGAAAUUCUUUUUAAAAUGUUAGAUGUUAAUCCAGAAUCUAGGAUUACUUUGAAAUAAAUAUAAGAGUAAUGUUAUUUUUUUUAAGCCAUUAAUUCAAAUUCUCUUUAAUAAUGCAUUGAAAAUUUGGCUAAUGUAAAAUAAAUGACAUACUUUUAAAGUAUUAUUCUUUAUUUUAUGAUGGUAACAUUUCAUACAGAAGAAGUAUAAAUCUUGACAUAAUUAUUUGAUGAAGCUGAUAAAGAUGCAGAUAAUUAAUUAAAUAAAAUUGAAUUAACUAAUCUAUAUAAAGUUAUAAUACCUGAAGACUAAGAUUUUAUAAAUGAACAAAUUGAUAGAAUUUUCCUAUAUAUGGAUGUUGAUUAAAGUGGAAAAAUCUCAUUGAAUGAAUUUAUUACUGCAGCUGCAAAUAAAAGUGAUCUCUUGAAUGAUGAUUAUCUUCAAAGUUGUUUUAAAUAAUUAUAAAACUAAAAAGGAGGUAUAAGUGCAAAAAGCUUAAAAAGAAAAAUAGAAAUUGAUGAACAAUUAGUCAAUUAGGAAAUUAAGGAAGUAACUUAUGAUUAUGUAACAAAAUUAAUAAACUUUAGAUUUACUACCCUCAAUUUAAAGAGAUUAUGUCUGCUCUCCUUUGA